ACUUCUUCACCUGCAAACUAGCUAGCCACCAUUACUAACCAUAAAACAAACCCAUUGGUCUCGUCAGCUGUACUACUCAGUCAUCUCUCUUAAUAUAACACAUGCACCACGCUUGAUUGCCAUGGGCGUCGUCGACAUGUCCAACAAUCCACCAACUUCUCGCACCAAAGACUUCUUCGCCUCCCCUGCUCUCUCCCUCAGCCUCGCUGGGAUUUUCCGAGAUGCCGGGACUCCGGCGGAGACGGCGGCUAAUAGGGAGGGGGACGAAGGCGAUGAAGGGAGCGUAGGCGGUCGCCGGAGGUCGAGAGAAGACACGGCCGAGAUCAGCAGCGAGAACUCGGGCCCGGCGAGGUCGAGAUCAGCGGAAGACAUUGAUUUUGAUGCCGAGUUGGGAGAGCAAGAUGAGGAUGAUGGUGAUGGAGACAACAAGAACAAGAAGAAGAAGAGGAAAAAGUAUCACAGACACACCACUGAGCAAAUCCGAGAAAUGGAAGCGCUGUUCAAGGAGUCACCCCAUCCAGAUGAGAAGCAAAGACAGCAGCUGAGCAAGCAGCUAGGCCUUGCUCCAAGGCAAGUCAAGUUUUGGUUCCAAAAUCGCCGUACCCAAAUCAAGGCUAUUCAAGAGCGCCAUGAAAACUCAUUGUUGAAAGGAGAAAUGGAGAAACUCCGAGAUGAGAAUAAGGCAAUGAGGGAGCAAAUUAACAAAUCUUGUUGCCCCAACUGUGGCAGUGCCACCACUAGCAGAGAUGCCACCUUGACUACCGAGGAGCAACAACUCCGAAUUGAAAAUGCCAGGCUCAAAUCCGAGGUUGAAAAACUCCGAGCUGCUCUAGUAAAAUACCCUCUUGGGACAUCCUCUCCUUCCAGUUCUACUGGGCAGGACCAGGAGAACAGAAGCUCAUUGGACUUCUACACCGGUAUUUUUGGUCUUGAGAAGUCUAGGAUUAUGGAGAUAGUUAACCAAGCAAUGGAGGAGCUUCAAAAGAUGGCUACAGCUGGAGAACCACUCUGGGUCCGAAGUGUUGAGACUGGCCGUGAAAUACUUAACUAUGAUGAGUACAUCAAAGAGUUCAACAUUGAAGUUCCAGCCACUGGGCGGCCAAAGAGAUCCAUUGAGGCCUCAAGGGAGACGGGUGUUGUUUUUGUAGAUCUCCCAAAACUAGUUCAGAGUUUCAUGGAUGUGAAUCAAUGGAAGGAAAUGUUUCCAUCUAUUAUCUCAAAGGCUGCCACUGUUGAUGUUAUUAACAAUGGCGAAGGAGACAAUAGAAAUGGUGCUGUACAAUUGAUGUUUGCAGAGCUGCAAAUGCUUACACCUUUAGUGCCCACCAGAGAAGUUUACUUCGUUAGAUGUAGCAAGCAACUGAGUGCUGAACAGUGGGCUGUCGUUGAUGUUUCCAUUGACAAAGUUGAAGAUAACAUUGAUGCAUCCUUGGUGAAAUGCAGAAAACGUCCCUCGGGUUGCAUCAUUGAAGACAAAUCAAACGGCCAUUGCAAGGUAAUCUGGGUGGAGCACUUAGAGUGCCAGAAAAGCACAGUUCAGACCAUGUACCGGAGUAUUGUCAACAGUGGUCUGGCUUUUGGGGCAAGACAUUGGGUAGCGACGCUGCAACUCCAAUGCGAAAGGCUUGUUUUCUUCAUGGCAACCAAUGUUCCAAUGAAGGAUUCAACUGGAGUAGCCACCUUGGCUGGGAGAAAAAGCAUUUUGAAAAUGGCACAAAGAAUGACAUCAAGUUUUUGUCGCGCAAUUGGUGCAUCAAGCUAUCAUACCUGGACCAAGAUCACUAGCAAAACAGGUGAUGACAUUAGGAUUGCCUCCAGGAAGAACUUGAACGAUCCAGGAGAACCUAUUGGUGUGAUCUUAUGUGCAGUUUCUUCAGUAUGGUUGCCUGUCUCUCCUUUCACCCUCUUUGAUUUUUUGAGAGACGAGACUCGCAGGAACGAGUGGGACAUUAUGUUAAAUGGGGGUCCAGCACAAACAAUUGCAAACCUAUCCAAAGGACAAGAUCGUGGCAAUGCUGUUACUAUUCAAACAAUGAAAUCAAAAGAAAACAGCAUGUGGAUUCUACAAGAUAGCUGCAUAAAUGCUUACGAGUCCAUGGUGGUAUAUGCUCCGGUGGAUAUCACGGGCAUGCAAUCUGUGAUGACAGGAUGUGACUCAAGCAACAUGGCAGUAUUGUCUUCAGGGUUCUCUAUUCUUCCAGAUGGGUUGGAAUCAAGGCCUAUGGUUAUCACUUCGAGGCAAGAAGACCGAGGCAGUGACAGUGAAGGAGGAACUUUGCUGACCGUAGCAUUUCAAGUGUUGACUAAUACCUCUCCUACUGCCAAACUAACAAUGGAGUCUGUGGAGUCUGCCAACACUCUUAUAUCAUGUACUUUGAGAAAUAUUAAGACGAGCUUGCAGUGCGAGGAUGGCUGACCAGCUCAACUUUAUUAAAUAGCUAGGAAUAGGUAGCUGAAACACAGGUUCUCAUUUUUGACUGGAUUAUCAGUGGUUUUAGCUGAUCAGGAUUUGCAGUUUGUUUCAUUCAUUUUUGGUCAGAAUGGUGGACUAGGCUUGUAAGAAAGUCUACAGCAAUGUUCUGGCAAGAAGAACUUAUUCACAAUCUUUAUAGCUAUAUAAUUUUACUAGUUUCCUUGUAUAUAACUCUAUCAAUUAUUAUUUUCUUGAUCAAUUGUUAAUUUUAUUGCUA